AUGGUCCACCACCUUGUCGUCAAUCUUUCCUUCAACAGCCCCGAGAUUCGGAUCAUUGGACCUGUGAAGGAGCAACUCAUUGAUAAACUGAAUGAGGUGAUUCCUAACGCAACGUCAACUGCACGAAAUACCAGGGUUGCCCCUCCAAGAUUUCAGUAUGUGUCGAAUCCAAAUCAUUGGUACAUGAAGCUGGAUGGUCAGUUUUGCGAUGAGGAGGGAAUUUCCUAUCUGAUGGUUCUUCUUUUGGAUGCUCUUGAGGAAGAGGGUGCUUGGAAACUGGUUUCAUCAACUGCACUGCGAAGUCCAAUGGGAGCAUACUCGAAGGAUUCUACAGAAACACAUGUUUUAUUCUUGAACAAACUCGUAGGUGAUGAUAUUUAA